AUGAAUUUCCGGAAUGACUUUAUUCCAAGAAGCGUGGUGAUUUCAGGUAUGCGGAGAUGGUUCUCGAAGCUUGCUGCAUCAACUUCUGCAUCGGCUGACUCAUCCAGGUCCGCCUCACCAGCAACAUUGACAGCGUCCAGCAACAUCGCCAUCUCAUCGUCGACAGGCAGACUUUCUGGCGAAGGGGGUGUCACUAUGGAAUCGCCGUUAGACAUCCCGCCACCUCCAACACCGCCCGUUUGUUCGACACCAAUCGACAAUUGGAACGCCGAUUUUGCAUCGGACCCGUCUUCGUGGGAAGCAUCAUUCGAUAAGCAUUGGCAUCGUGUUGAGAAGCUCAUUGAUGAUCAAGUGGAAGUUACCUAUGAAAAAACGUUGAGCGUUUUUCGUCAUCUGGGCGCGAUGAGUCAACUUCUGAUGAUGGAAAUGAAUGCGCAACCCGAGCCGGCGAUUGGCGUUAUUUUGGAUCGUUACUUUACCGAUCAAAUUAUGGAACGAAUCAUCGAUUGGGCUAUUGAGGCACCACAGUUCUUAACACCGACUUGUCAGGUGAGUUUAAUCCGCAUCUACGAAGUGAUGGUCAGUGAGAGUCAUUCGCAAAACCAUUGCUUGCUGGUGCAUAAACCGAUGUUGUUACCGCUGGUGCGUCUGCUGGAAUGGUGUCGUCGAAGUGCGGAGAAACGAAGUUUCACCCCAUCGAAUACCGAUAAACAUUUCGUUCUUCUGCUCAAUCAAAUUUGUACAAAAAUGGCCGAAGAUGCAACGUUGUUACAUUUUUUCUUUACGUUCGGUGGUGAAAGCGAUGAGCAAUUUCUGGUGUUCAGUUUAUUGAUACCGUAUUUGUAUGAUUCGGGUGAUGUGGGUCAGCUGGCUCGUGAUGCCCUCUUACUUGUUCUUUCAGUUUCUAGACGUCUCAAGUAUGUCGCUGCUUUUGUGGCGGUUAAGUCAAAUUUUUGUCCAGUCGUAGCCACCGGUCUGUCGGGUUGCUAUUCGCAGUUACCACGAAAUAUUGGAUCGUUAUUUUAUGUUCGUGAGGAUUGGCAUAAAAUCAGUGCUGAUGAUAUAGAUUCAUAUCCGAGCUUGGCUGAUUUUCACUCAUCUUUACUCUUCUGUAAUGCGGUCGUUCAGGUAGCACACGACUAUGUUGUUUCACAGAUUGUUACGUAUAUUUAUAACGGGUUUUUGCUACCGGUCGUUUUACCAUCAUUGCUUCAGAGUGGACAAGAGGAGUUGAUCUCAUCGACAGCCUAUUAUCAUCUUUGCAUUGAUACCGUCACCGAACCAGCAUUAAUUCAAGCAUUGAUCAAGUUGUUGGUGGUUGAAGAAUGUGAUAGAAAUAAAAAGAUUAUCGAUGUGAUUGUUGAGCGAAUUGCGCCUGGCAAUAGGUUAAGUCAAGUGAGUCUUUCAUUGAUUCGAACGUUGAUCGAUUUGCGUUGUGAAGAUGUAAUGCUCGAUCUCGUUUUCAAAUACCUCUUACCGUGCUCAUUUCUUCAACCAAAUCAGACACCAACUUCAAAAGUACACAAAUACGCUUUAGAUUCAGCCAAUAUAUUACUUUCGUAUAUACCCGAGUGUACACUGAAAUCAUCGGUGUUAUGUUCACAGUCAUCAUUGCAAAGUUAUUUGUACGAAUCUCAAAAACGUGUGCAACUGACCGCAGAUUCUUGCACAGACACGUGGGCAUGGUCUUACGAUGGACGUAAUCCAUCGCCGGCGAUGUUUCGUGGUAGUUCGGAUGAUGAGAGUCCUUCAACUGAUAGUGCGAUGUUCAUCCGGCAGUCAUCGACUCGCUCAUCGAUGACGUCGGCACGUCAAGGUCUGAACAGAUACUUUUUGAACGGUACGGCGCAUUUGACUGCCGAAAGUCUUUCGCAGCACACACCUCUGCCCGAAUUGGGUCAGCAAUCGGAUGUCUCGAAUCCAUCCAGACCAUCGAUCCUGUACAACGAGCCCAGUUCUCCGUCGAUUUUUGAAGAAGAUGACGAUGUGAUGAUGGAUGAUUUGAGUAUGCCCCCAAUAACGCCAACAUCAAUAAUGAUGACAUCGGAUUAUUUUCAAUUCGCCUAUGACGGUGGUAUAUCGGAAUCUGAAGCGGAAUCGAGUGGUGUUCGACUGGUACCACAAAAAAAUAGCAGCGGUGAUGCUGGGAAAUCAACAGAGCAAAACACUAAACAAUCAGAUCAACAUAAUGAUAGUUCGACGAGUGGCGGCUUUGAUACAGAUCUGGAAAUGGCAAAAUCGUUUGUAUUAAGAGGAUGGGGACAGGUUGAGGAUAUGGAGACGUUUAUGGCUCUUCUUGAGCGCGUUCCAUCUUCGAAAACGAAGCAUUCACUCGAGGAGAAUGCAGCGUUGAUUGAUUCACGCAUUCAGUAUUUGGAUGAGUUGAGUGCCGAGAGCAACGAAAUGAAACAAGAAGCAAAUGAAAAUGAAACACCCACAACGGUUAUUGGCGAGAGUUAUCCUUCACCGCAAAACCUACCGGCCGGACAUCCUAUUAUAUGUCCAGAAAAUCAAGGAGUUGGACCAUUUUUGGAGUCACUGUUGAGGGCAUUGGAGAAUAUGAUAGACAAUACGUUGUUUGUAAAUAUACACUUGACAUUUGUGAUAUCAUCAUUGGCCACUUAUACACAACCGCUGAUGGCGAACUAUUUCUUCGCUCCAAAUCUGAAUCUAAGACCGGGUGUCAAAAGUCUUAUGAAGAUCCUCUCCAUCCUGAAAGCGAAAAUUGAUGCGUAUGCGGCUUCAGUGGAAGGAUUUGACGUUCUGUUGGAAAGGGGAAUAAAGUUUCUGAAAUUAAGGGCUGAUCGUUAUGAAAAGGUUAGUGCGCAUUUGUUGACAGUUAUUCAUCGUUUCUAG